AUGGCGUACAGGGAUUGGGGCGCCAAGACGGGCGGCGGUGGGGUAGCUUCGAAGGAGCAUGAGAACUUGGCGCGGAAGGAGCGGCUUCGGGAGCUGGCGAUGGAAACGGUUGACCUGAAGAAUGAUCCGUACUUUAUGCGCAAUCACCUCGGCACAUACGAAUGUAAGCUGUGUCUGACUCUUCACGGCAAUGAGGGAAACUACCUUGCGCACGCUCAGGGUCGGAGACACCAGGGAAAUUUACGGCGGCGCGCUGCGUUGGAGUCGAAGAAGCAAGCUGCGAAACCAAGGGCCCCGAUUGCGGCUACAGCAAGAGCGACUAUGCGGCGGAGGAUGAAAAUUGGGAGACCGGGGUAUCAAAUUACAAAGCAACGGGACCCUAAUACAAAGCAAUUUAGCUUGCUGUUUCAGAUUCGGUACCCCGAAAUCACAGAAGGGUUGCAGCCAAGACAUCGCUUUAUGAGUGCAUUCGAGCAGAAAAGGGAAAAGCCAAAUGGAAAGUAUCAGUACUUACUGUUUGCUGCAGAACCAUAUGAGACGGUGGCGUUUAGAAUUCCUAAUCAACCGAUCGACAAGGGCGAAGGAAAGUUCUACACAAACUGGGAUAAAAAUUUCCUAAACUUUACAUUGCAACUCUACUUUGAGAAUCGUAAGGCUGGCAAGGACACUGCAGGAACUGCUGCUAAGAACGUUGACAUCGCUGGAGGCACAGAGGGGCCGAAGAAUGGAAGCAAAAACGAGGCCGAUCCCUUCGCCGGCAUCAGCCAACCUGGCUAA